AUGAACGUCUACAUCAAGCUCCAUAUCAGCAAAUAUGUUCCCUUCAAGGUUGCCGGUGCAGCGAUAAGAACAAUGACCAAGGAAAUCCACAUCUCGCGACCAAUAAUUACACAUCGCACGCACAUGACAGGACGGGAUGACACAUUGGGACGGGAGCGCGAUACGGGCUCUUGA